AUGAUAGGGCAUUAUUCCUCCCACUGACACCAAUGAUGGGGCACUAUUCCUCCCACUGACACCAACAAUGGGACACUAUUCCUCCCACACUAACACCAAUCAUGGGGCACUAUUCCUCCCACUGACACCAAUGAUGGGGCACUAUUCCUCCCACACAUCAACAAUGGAAUACCAAUGAUGGGGCACUAUUCCUCCCACUGACACCAAUGAUACUUACCUUGCUGACCCCUGCUCCAGCCAGGGCUCGCUCCCUAUCCCAUCCACAGCCAGCAUA